AUGGAAUCACAACACCAAGACCCCGAGGAAUUCUAUGUGAAGCAAGACCGUAUUGGCAAGGGCUCCUUUGGAGAAGUAUACAAAGGUUACGACAAACGAACGCAGAAGACAGUCGCAAUCAAGAUCAUCGACCUCGAGAGUGCUGAGGACGAGAUAGAAGACAUCCAACAGGAGAUUCAAAUCCUCUCUCAGCUCGACUCGCCCCACGUAACCAAAUACCAUGGUUCCUAUUUGAAAGGAUCUAACCUAUGGAUCGUCAUGGAAUACUGCUCGGGCGGUUCAUGUUCAGACUUGAUGAAACCGGGCGUAUUCCGCGAAGAGUACAUAGCCAUCAUCGUGCGCGAGCUCUUACGGGGUCUUGAGUAUCUCCACAGCGAGGGUAAACUCCAUCGUGACAUUAAAGCCGCAAACAUCCUAUUAUCCGCCAGCGGGGACGUGAAACUCGCUGAUUUUGGGGUUUCGGGCCAACUCUCCGGUACUCUUUCUGCCAAGAAGAAUACUUUUGUCGGGACGCCGUAUUGGAUGUCGCCAGAGGUCAUAAAACAGAGCGGAUAUGACCACAAAGCGGACAUAUGGAGUUUGGGGAUCACUGCGAUAGAGCUAGCCAAAGGCGAGCCACCCUACGCGGAGUUACAUCCGAUGAAGGUGUUGUUCCUUAUUCCGAAAAAUCCUCCGCCAAUGCUUGAGGGUAACUUUUCGAAACCCUUUCGAGAAUUUGUGGCCUACUGCUUGCAGCGCGAUCCACGCGAUCGUCCUACAGCACGCGAUCUCUUGAAGCAUAAAUUUAUCCGCAUGGCCAAGAAGACCAACUAUCUGACAGAGCUGAUAGAGCGACAUGAGAGAUGGAAGGCAGAGGGCGGGGACCGUCAUGAUGAUGAUGACCCUCGACCCCAGCCAGAACCGACAGGAGGAGACCCUGAGGAUCUAUGGGAUUUUGGUACUGUCAGGCACGUCGCUACAGUCGGAAGGUCGUCCAACCCUGUUUCCGGCCCGCCUUUGACCUGGGAGAAUAAUGGAACGAGACGCUCCGAUAGCUCAGGCUCAGGUGGCUCUUCUGGUUCUGGGUCAUAUAUUUCAUCCAACUCGUCCAUCACUGUGAAAGGCGAGCUUCCGCCAUUACCACCGUCACCAGCUGUAUCCAGACGUGUUGAUCAGCAAGCAACUGUGCGCCAUGCUCCCGAUCUCGUGGCAGCAAGGGCAAGCCACCACAGUCUACCUCGAGAACCGUCUGAUGAAUACGAUGACGACGACUACGACGACCAAUACUCUGAUACCUACACAGCUCGGGGUAGCACGACACAGUUAACGGAAAAGAUGAACCAUGUUCAACUGGAGGACGAUCUCCCAGACACGACCAUGCUUGAUUCCGUUAUCUUGCCGGCAAUCGCAUCGCUCUUCCCGCGAGUAUCUUCGCAAGAGGCACGCAUCGCUCUCAGUGCGCUGCAACGCGCUUUCACUGAAGCAGAGAGGAUCAUACCCGGAGUCACGAUGGAACUGGUCAACGAGAUCGUGGACUCAGUGGAACACGUCGAAGAUGACCGAUAA